AUGGCAGCCAUCGCAGUACCAAUGUCGGAUCUCACCAAGAAGGGCGCAGUAUUCACCUGGAAGACACCUCAGCAAGCGGCACUGCAGAAGUUAUUGACGUUAAUUAUGAAGCGCAUCAAAAUCUACGAGCCGUUACCCCACAAACAGCUAGUGAUCAUGUCCGAUGCAUGCAAUGUAGGGGUAAGCGCAGCAGUGUUUGUACAAAUCCCUCCGCCGGGGACAGCAGAGUGGGAUGAAGAACAGAAGUGCAUCGCAGCAUGCAAACAAUACAGGGAGGCACUAGGUCUUAUACCCCUCACGCUACACCCGCAAACCCCACGGUUGGUCAUCUCAGACCAAGAGCGAGCACUUUAUGACACGACAGACAAACCAGAAACUAUCUAUAAUCCCAUUGACGACCUACGUACGUUACCAGGGUUUCAAACGGCCACACCUAGGAAUGCAGCUUCGGACCUGGACUGGGCACACAGUGUAGACAUUUCACAUCGGAACACGAAUGAUCAAACAGUCAAGCUAACACGAGAACAGAGUGGUACACUUGUUCAUAGUGUUGAGUUUCAGCAUAAGGGACAGAGUGGUCCACUUGCCCAAGACGCAGACCAACAAGGCAAAGAACAGAGUGGUACACUUGUUCGGGGUGGGGUACCACAGGAAGACGAACAGAGUGGUUCACUUGUUCACAUGAACCAAGUACAGAGUGGCUCAUUUACACAUACUUUGGACAUGGAGACAGUAUCAGCAUUUACACAUACUUUGGACAUGGAGACAGUAUCAGCAAACAGCCCUCGAGACCUUAGGAUCACGAUUGGCAAGUACCGGUUCUUAUACCCGGUAGCGUUCUAUUCUAGUAAACUCAACCCAGCACAGCGAAACUACGGAGCUACCGAUAGAGAAAUGGAGGAAAGUUCUAAGAAUAGUCGCAUAAUUCGCGCGCUCAACACGAUCAAUGAAGUAGUGAUGGACGUGAGGUAUGUACAAGGCCCUCUGACAGUUUUUGGGGACUAUUUCUCGAGGUCUACCAACCACACCGACAAACUGUUACAACAGAAGCAACGGGGUCGAGUCGAAUUUGGAAAGGCCACGGGUGCAGCAGCCUCCGACACACAGCCAGCAUGCGCGUUAUCUUUCGCACCACAACAACGGAGGGUAACGUGGGGACAUAUCAAAGUCAACCAGGAACAUAAUGGAAGAGAAGCACUUAUAUACAGCCAAUCUCAUUUCGAAUUCCCGGAAAGCUACUCGUUAAACCUUACCUGGGUGGACCUUAUUGAUCAGCUGUUUGGGCCGUUUGAUGUUGAGCUUUUUGCCAGCCAUGAGGACCACGUUAUGGACGUGUACUGCACGGCGGAUGGUUCGGGCACUUGGGGUACGGACGCUUUUGGCGUUGAUUUGCAAACUCCGUCCGCAGUGUGGUUCCCGUUGCUGAUGCGAAUAGCACAAGGGUUACCACUCGUCAUUCCACAUCGAGACGACACGUUUUUGCACAGGGGUAGAACGAUUUCGGGGCUACCUCCAUGGGAGUACACGUUAGUGGUGAUACUCCAAGGUGGAUGUCCGAAGCCUCCGCUAUUGCCGGACACAUUUUGGCACAAAAUAGGCCUUCAGAGGGCACCCGCCUUUUUACACUCGCUGGGCUAUCCCUUGAAACCUUGUCGGACGAUGGGGACAGGAGUCCCCGGCAUACCGGCAGGCGCAGGAGUCCCAGUGGCAACCAAAACAUGGAAGUGGUUGAGCACCAAGAAGGCACCCACGCCCUUACACUAUGCAGGGGACGAUCGAACACCGCAACAGUGGAAAUUCGGACCAGGUAAGCGGUCGCAUUUGGAACAUUAG